CUCCCUCCCUCCUUCCAUCCAUCCCUCCACCUCCCCACCAGCUUUCAGUCCUUCACUUCUCUGACGCACGACAAGGAAACGGACCAGAGGAGAGCUUUUAUUUUUUUUUUUUUUUUAAUUAUGUUUCCACGCAGAAGCCAACUGAUAUGAUCCACAUGCUGCUGAUGCUGCACUGCCCAGAGACCCAGUCCUGAAGCCGAGAGGGAAACACUCUUACACCUCCGAAAACCAACAGAGAGGAGGAUAGACAGAAGUCGAGUAUUUUAAACACUGAAAAAAUACAGAAAAAGAAGAGACUGAAUCACCAGAGUGAGAGUGAGAGGAGGCGAGAUCACAUUCUUAUCACGUCUUGAUUUCUCUUCUCUCCUCUAUUUCGCUUCAGAGAGAGAGAGAGAGAGAGAGAGAGAGAGAGAGAGAGAGAGAGAGAGUACAGAAGAGGAGAGGAAGGAAAGAGAAGAGGCAGAAGAGAUUCAAACUAGUAGUCUGCUUCCCCGAUGCUUUCCAGGCGCACUACAAAACUAAGCCCGGCAUCGGACGGGGAGCGGUGCGAACCGGGCAGCGACAGGACGCACCGUGGGAGGACAUGUGAAGUUAGAAUCCCGCUAAAACUAAUGCUGUGAAGUGGCUCUGUCCCUGGAGCCUGAACUUCAUCGUGUUGGUGUCAGCGAGGAUGCUGUGGGUUACCUUGCUGAGCACCAUAGCCUUAGGAUGGACCACACCAAUCCCACUGCUAGAGGACUCUGAGGAGAUCGACGAGCCCUGCUUUGAACCCUGCUACUGCGAGGUCAAGGAGGGCAUCUUUCAUGUCCACUGUGACAGUAAAGGAUUUACAAAUGUCAGCCAGAUCUCACAGAUAUGGAGCCGACCCUUCAAACUCAACCUGCAGAGGAAUUUAAUGAGGAAGCUUUAUUUUAAUAGCUUUCUCCAUCUUAACAAUGCUAUAUCCAUUAAUUUGGGUAACAAUGCCUUGCAAGAUAUCCAUGCUGGAGCAUUCAAUGGCUUGGGAAUACUCAAACGGCUGUUCCUGCAUGAAAACAAAUUGGAAGUUUUCCGGAAUGACACAUUUUUGGGAUUGGAGAGUCUCGAAUAUCUCCAGGCAGACUACAAUGUUAUCAAAAGGAUUGAAAGUGGUGCAUUCAGGCACCUACACAAACUUAGAGUGCUUAUAUUAAAUGACAAUCUUAUCCCUGUUCUCCCAAAUUAUCUUUUUCGGUCUAUAUCCCUCACACACCUAGACUUGAGAGGAAACAGAAUAAAGACAUUGCCGUAUAAGGGCACACUGGAAUAUGUCGGGCGGAGUUUGAUGGAAAUCCAGCUUGAAGAUAACCCUUGGAACUGUGUGUGUGAAAUUGUCCAGUUAAAAACGUGGCUGGAGAGAAUCCCUUACACAGCUUUGGUGGGAGAGAUCACUUGUGAGUACCCAUUCCACUUACAUGGAAAAGACCUACGGGAAAUAAAGCGCAGCGAGCUCUGUCCUCUGCUCUCCGAUGCAGAGAUUGAGGCCAAGCUGGGAAUUCCCCGGGUACCAUUCAGUAAUGAGAACACUUGGCCUACUAAACCUUCCUCUAUGCUAUCCUCCUUUCACAACACAGCCUCUUCUGUGGAGUACAAGGAAAGAGUGGUGAAGCCUACUAAACGACCUCGGCCAACGAAGAACCCCCCAACACCUCGUAGCAUUUAUCCAGGUAUCAACCAGCCCCCUGUUGCUGGUUAUCAAACAAGACCACCCAUCCCAAUUAUUUGUCCAGCUGGGUGUAUUUGCAACCUUCACAUCAAUGACCUGGGCUUAACAGUAAACUGUAAAGAGAAAAGCUUUCAUAACAUCUCAGAACUCCUGCCACGCCCUCUCAAUGCCAAGAAAUUGUAUCUCAGUGGGAACCUAAUACAGAAGAUUUAUCGUUCGGAUUUCUGGAACUUCUCUAGUUUGGAUUUGCUACAUUUGGGAAACAACCGGGUAUCCUAUGUCCAGGAGGGCGCCUUUAUCAACUUACCAAACUUGAAAAGUUUAUAUUUGAAUGGCAAUGACAUAGAGAGGCUCACUCCUGGGAUGUUUCGGGGACUUCAGAUGUUGAGUUAUCUUUAUUUUGAGUAUAAUGUCAUACGUGAAAUCCCCCCUCAUUCUUUCUCCUUAAUGCCCAACCUCCAGCUGGUUUUUCUUAAUGACAACUUGCUACGAUCUCUCCCUACUGAUGCAUUUGCUGGCACCAACCUUGCUCGUCUCAAUCUUCGCAACAAUUAUUUUGUUUCCCUGCCUGUGCAUGGUGUCCUGGAGCAUCUGACCUCCAUUGUCCAGAUUGAUCUUCAUCAGAACCCCUGGGAUUGCUCGUGCAAUAUCAUCCCCUUCAAGCAGUGGCUGGAAAAGCUCUCCUCUGUCAUUGUGGUGGGAGAUGUCAUUUGUAAGACACCCGAGUUUGCUUUUGGAAAAGACCUGCGUUCACUUGAGGUGGAGGUCAUCUGUCCUGAGCUGAAGUAUUCCUCAGGCCCCUCUCCAGCUCUGCCAGGUGGAGAUGAUCUUACCACAAGAAGCUCUGACGUGGGGGAGGCAGGUGGGAGAGGUGCGGUCCCACUGUCAGUUCUCAUCCUCAGCCUACUCAUCCUCUUCAUCUCAGCUGUGUUUGUCGCUGCUGGGCUUUUUGCCUUUGUCCUCCGUCGAAGGAAGACAAUGCCAUUUCGAAAACGUUCAGAGGUAGAUCUAACAGGGAUUCAAAUGCAAUGUAGGAUUUUUGAGGACCCACCAAGGCAAAACAGUGCUGGGAACACUGGCACACCAGAGAAACCAACACCCAGUAUACAUGCACAUGCACACACGCACACGAGUCAUGCACAUGCUCAUGGACAUGUUUAUGAUUACAUCCCCCACCCUGUGACUCAGAUGUGUAACAAUCCUAUCUAUAAACCAAGAGAGGGGGAGAUUGCAGAGGAGGAGAGAGUACAGUUUUCAGAAAAGAAAGACAAUGGCUGCAGUAGCAACAGCAGCUACAGAACCUUGUUAGAGAAAGAGAGAGAGUGGACCCUGGCUUUGUCAAACUCUCAACUCAACACCAUCGUUACAGUCAACCACACCGCAGCUGACAUGGCAGGAUUUCAUGAGAAUGGAGGGCUGUGCCCUACAAUGAUUGACAGUCAACGGCCCACACCAACCGUGGGCUUUGUAGACUGCUUGUAUGGGACAGUACCCAAAUUAAAGGACAUGCAUGUCGCACAUGCACACCCACCAGGCAUGCAGUACCCAGAUUUGCAGCAAGAUGCACGGCUGAAGGAGACGUUGCUUUUCACGGCCGGGAAAGGCUGCUACCCUGACCUGUCCCAAAGUGAUUACCUCGAGUUAAGGGCCAAACUUCAAACCAAGCCAGAUUACCUCGAAGUCUUGGAAAAAUCAUACCGGUUCUAGCAACUCUAACACACUGGGAAAAAAAAAAAAAAAAAAACUACAACAAAAAAACAUUUAUAUAUAU